AUGAAUAUAACUGACAGAAGACGUAUUUUAGGACCAUCAAAUGCCAAAUCCCUGACUUUUGAUAGGAGUGAUGCCUCGGUCCAAGAAGAUCAACCAAAAAACAUAUCUUCAGGCCCAAAAAACGACACUAUGUACAUUGAGAACGGGAUUGUUUGCAAUUCUAAUGGGUCCUCGUAUCUGGAGGUCAAGGACAGAGAUAAUGUGGAAAAGCGCACAUUGCUUUUGACUUCUGUCUACGGACCAAGACCAUCUCGAGGAGCGUUCAAUGCUAAGGCCUCAUUAAGUGUGCAGUUUAAGGAAGUCACACUAGAAAAAAUCCCAGCAGGAGAGCUCAGAGAAGUGUGCAAUUUUCUCACCAAUGUGUUCAAUGCAGUAAUAAUACUAGACCGGUACCCAAAAUCUGGAAUCGACAUUUUCCUCAGUCUCAUUCAUAGCUCUAAUGGGUCACAGGAUUACGACCUCGAAACUAUAAUAACCGCAUGCGUCAAUGGUAUCACUCUUGCGCUUAUAGAUGCUGGCAUUGAGAUUUUCGAUACUGUCAGCGCCGGUCUCUUCGAAAAGAACGUUACAGUUUUCAUGAAAAACGGAACUGAGAUAGCUGGGUUUUGGAAGGAUGACAACGGUUCUGUUGACGAAGACCUCUUGCAAGUUAUUGAGAAAUGCAGACAGCACUAUUCACAGAACCGUAAAACAAUAAUAGACUACGUGGUACGAAGCAGGAAUGGCCACAAAUAA